UUUCCGCCGGGUUCGACUUUUUCCGCCAAGCUCUCAAGUCCCUCCAUUUUGUUGUAUGUGCUGUUGGCAAGAGAAGUACAAAAAAAAAACUGUUGUCGUUUAUAACGAUAUUCUAGCAAUGGACGGUAUGGGAGAUGUUGCAGUUGGUGUGAAGAGAGGAUCAGAUGAGCUGAUGUCAACCAGUGUCUACAACAGUGGAUCUGACAUGAGCAGUAUCGGUGAUGUUACAGCCAAUGGGAGCGACAGUAAAUCCAAUGGGAGCGACAGUAAAAAGCUGAGAGUGGAAGACCGGAUGGAGGCCCCUCCCUCUCGUGUGCUGCACAUCAGAAAACUGCCCAAUGAAACUUCAGAAUCGGAGGUCAUUGCCCUGGGGUUACCUUUCGGGAAGGUCACAAAUAUCCUGACGCUUAAGGGGAAAAACCAGGCUUUCUUGGAGCUGGGCACAGAGGAAGCAGCGAUAACCAUGAUCAACUACUACUCUACUGUGACACCGCAUGUUCGGAACGUCCCCGUAUUCAUUCAGUAUUCCAACCACAAAGAACUCAAAACAGAUAGUGGAAACCAGCGGGCCCAGGCGGUCCUGCAGGCGGUGUCAGCGGUCCAAGGAGGAGGUACUCCUGCGUCUGGCUCCAUUGUAGAUCUAACCGCUGCGUCCAGCCCUGUGCUCAGAAUAAUCAUUGAUAACAUGUUCUACCCAGUCACUCUGGAUGUGCUGCAGCAGAUCUUCUCAAAGUUUGGAACAGUCAUGAAGAUCAUCACAUUCACCAAGAACAACCAGUUCCAGGCUCUGCUGCAGUUCAAUGACCCACCCACUGCCCAGCAAGCCAAAAUAGCCCUGGAUGGUCAGAACAUCUACAACUCGUGCUGUACGCUCCGCAUCGACUACUCCAAGCUGGUCAACCUGAACGUCAAGUACAACAACGACAAGAGCCGCGACUACACCCGGCCAGAGCUCCCUGCAGGGGACGGACAGCCUGCCAUGGACCCCAACAUGGCUGCUGCCUUCCAAGGCAAGGACUCCAACUCUCUGCUCGGUGGCCUGAGCCCGCUGAAUGCUGCCGCGGCGGCGGCUGCUGCUGCAGGGAGGGUAGCUCUGUCCGGUCACUCUGGCGCCAGUGGCGUGCUCCUGGCCUCCAACCUCAACGAAGAGAUGGUUACGCCCCAAAGUCUGUUUACUCUCUUCGGGGUGUAUGGUGAUGCCCAGAGGGUGAAGAUCCUCUACAAUAAGAAAGACAGUGCUCUGAUACAGAUGGCUGAUGCCAACCAAGCCCAGCUAGCUAUGAGUCACCUGAAUGGGCAGAAGAUGCAUGGGAAACCAAUCAGGGUGGCUCUGUCUAAGCACACCUCGGUGCAGCUGCCCAGGGAUGGACUGGAUGACCAGGGCCUCACCAAAGACUUCACUAACUCACCCCUGCACCGCUUCAAGAAGCCUGGCUCCAAGAACUUCCAGAAUAUUUUCCCUCCCACCACUACUCUUCACCUCUCCAACAUCCCAACGGACGUUUCCGAGGAAGACCUCCGACUGCUGUUCUCCAACGCCGGGGGGACCGUAAACGCAUUCAAGUUCUUUCAGGAUCACAAAAUGGCGCUGCUCCAGAUGUCAACGGUGGAGGAGGCCAUCCAGGGUCUGAUCGACCUCCACAACUACAACAUGGGUGACAACCAUCACCUGAGAGUCUCCUUCUCCAAAUCCACCAUCUAAACUUAUGCAUAAUGAUCGAUCCUCCACAACAUCCAUCGCUUUCUGUUUUCCCUAGCAGAUUUUUGGCUGGCCAUUUGUUAAACCCUGUUGACUCGUUCCAGACUCUGGGGACCACGUUUGGACCUUAUUGUUUCUUUCUAAGUGUUAUCAGUCAUUCCUUCAGAGAACCAGAAACCCAAACCGGGGGGAGAAAUUGUUGUACUUCUAUGUUUUGAGGACAUUUUAACCCCUUCACCUGAUUCUGACCCCUGUGUUAGUCCCAUACCCCCUGAUUCUGACCCCUGUGUUAGUCCCAUACCCCCUGAUUCUGACCCCUGUGUUAGU